AAAAAUAGAGGAUUGAGACUACUUGCGGGUCGUUGUAUGAAACGGUAGAUGGACUGCGCGCGUGGUAGUCCCAAGUAACUCCAGUUCUGUGUAGCCUAGCCACAACCUAAGAUGCCACCGCGCACAUCGGUUACAGCGCCGUUGCCGAUAUCAGUCCCGCACGUGACAUGCUGCGCCAUCGACAGCGCCGACAGAGGCUCCUGCCGCAUACGCCUUCCUGCAAGCGUUUGGGCUGCGGCAGGUGUUCCCUAUCACAAACCUGUGGUCGUCACCAUACCCUGCGAUGGCUCUCCAGCUCAGCCCUGGCGGCUGCUUUGUACCUCAGCCCUGGCCCCGGAUCCCGAUCUGGAAGAUCCAACUGCCGUACCAGCACACUCCUCAUCACGACAAAAACUCCAACAGCAAUCCCAACAACAGUGUACGGCAGCUGCCCAAGCAGCCGCUGUGCUGGACCCCUCCAUCAUCCUCAGCGUGCCUCCGGGCAGAGACUGGCGGCAGCUCAGGCCAUUGCUGGAGACGGGCUGGCGGUCUGAACCCCCUGCUGUUGCUGCUGCCGCUGCUGUUGCUGCUGCUGCUGGUGAUGAGGUUAGGGCUCAACUGCCGGGUUUGGUGCGACGGGGGACGUCUGACGGAGCAGCUGCCGGGGGCUCGGAGACGGCGACGGUGACGGCAUGCCGAGGGGGAGUCAACGUGGCUGCGGCGAGUGAGGUGCAGGUUCAGGUGCUGCCGCCUGCCGCCCGCAACCAGGCCGAGGGCAACCGCUCCUCCUCGGCCCCCGCCUGCGCCCCCCUGCUGCCGCUCAAGCUGAGGCAGUCGCUGGUGCUUCCGGGCUGCAUGCUGCUGCUGUCGGAUUCAAUUGCCGUACAAGUCACGUCCGUGCAGCCCCCGCCAGUCGCCCCCGACACGCCGUUGCGGAUCAUACCGUCCACUCGCAUUGUCAUCUUGCCGUACGACGUACGUCAGCAACCAGACCGGCAAGAUGAACGGCAACAGCCGCAACAACAGCUGCAAGCGCAACAGGGGUUAGGGGGGCAGCAGGAAGAGCAGCAGGAGCGGCACACAGAACUGGAGGCGCAAGGAGUGUGCGCCGCGGAGGCGGAGGCUGCCUCACGUGGUGGAAGCGGGAAAGCGGGCGGCGGUUCCAAGGGCACGUUGAAGAGCAGAAGCAAGGUCAAGGAUAAGGACAAGGACAGUAGCGGCCGGUUAGAGAAAGAGGGUAAAGACAGCAGUGUCAGUAAGAGCAAGAAAGGCAGCGGCAGCAAGGCCGGCAGUAAAACCUGCACUGCAACGCCCGCCGCCGCUGGCAGUGAAGAAUCCGCGGCGGCGAGUUGCAGCAGCGAACGCACCAACGACCCACGGGUCACUGCAGCCGUCCGAAAAGGCGACGGCAGUAGCGGCACAACGGAGGAUCAUGGGCCAGUAAUUGCAACCGAGGAAGACGCCGAGGUAUCAGGGGCCGCGUCUGCGAAGACAAGCA